AUGUCUCAUAAUAUACUCAUCACUGGCGCCUCAGGCUACCUAGGCGGUUCUUUACUCGCCAGCUGGAAUCAAGCCAAUCUCCCUCCCUAUCAGAAGCUCUAUGCCUUGGUCCGGAACGAGGAGCAAGCCAAGGCAGUCAAAGAACUGUACGGCGCGGAGCCGGUUCAGAUCGAUCUGAACAAUGAAUCCGAUAUCAAGCAAGCCAUUAUCAGCCGCGAUAUCAACAUUGUUUACUGGAUGAUCAGUGCAUCUGAGAUUCGUGUGCCGAGGAUCAUGAUCCAAGCGCUCGCCGAUGUCAAGAAGCGUACUGGAACGGAUGCGCAUUUCCUAUUCACAAGUGGUGCCAAGGUUCUCAGCAGUCAUACGGGGAGUCCAAAUGAUCGGCCUCUGCUAGAUACUGACCCGGGGCUAUACGAGCUUCAGAGGACCGCGGAUGGACCCCAGCCGUUUCUAAACACAGGCGCCAGAACAAACGCUGAAGUUAUUGAUAUCGCCGAGAGCUAUGGUGUUCGAAGCUACAUAUUCGUACCUUGCAUUGUAUAUGGCAGAGGAGAGGGAUUCGGCAAUCCCAUCUCGAUCCAAACCGUGGCUAUUGUCCGAGCUGCGAAACGGAUGCAACGGAUGUAUACCGUUGAUGACAGCUCUGCGUCAUGGCCUGUAUGUCACUUAUCCGACAACACAGCUCUGUUCCUUGACAUCCUUCGUGCAAUUCUCUCGGGACAAAUUCCGAACUACGGGAAAAACGGAUUCUAUCUAGCUGCGUCUGGCUCUGUGAAAUGGCACGAUCUUUUCGGUGCCAUGGCAAAGACCCUUGUCAAGCGAGGCGUUAUUCAUGAUGAGUCUCUCACACAGGCAGAUGACGCUGCAUUGGAGCAGAUGGCUCCGGUAUUGCAGGGCGUGAAAUCGUUCGUUCCUGCGGAGAUUGGUGGCCAUUGCACACUUACGGCCGUUAAUGGUCAUGCCAUCGGUUGGAAAGCAAAGUAUCCACCAGAACAUAUUUUUGAACUUGCUGAGGAAGAAGUUGACUGGGUUUUGGCGCAUUCUUGA